AUGCCCUCCCCCUCCCCUCCGACAACCCUCCACUCCAUACCCCUUCCCCCACUCACCAAAUUCCUCCAAACCCUCUCAUCCCCCGAAUCCCUCGCCCGCCUGCUCUCCAUCCUCUCUCAACACCGUACCCCCGACUCAUGGGAUCGUUUCGACGAACGGCUUUUGGGGAGCGGCGAGAUCCUGGGCAAUUUUGAAGGAGACGUGGACGAGAAGACCAUGCAGGAUAUGUGUGGGCCACCAGAAUUGGUACAGGGGAAUGGAGGGGAGCAAGCGGGAAAUGAAGGUUUGGCAGAACCGCCAACGAGGGUCUUGCAAGAGGUCAAAGUGGACUUGCGGACCCUCGCGCCGAGCGCCAUAUUCGCUCUCGAAAGCUGGCGCCGAGAAUCUCUCGGUAUGGAGACUUUGGUGCUCGAAAGCCGGGAGUAUAAUCCUUCCGCCGAAAUUGGUGAAAGCUCCCAGGGCCAGCACGCUGGCGAGAGAGACGGGAGUGGAGAAGACGUUUAUGGGACAGCACUAGCAGUGCUGCAGGAACGCGAUUUUCGGGUGGAAGUCGGGGAACAGUCAAUGGGCGAACAGUUGAGCCCCGAUACGUCCGUGGCUAUGGACCUGGUCGACGACGACGAAGAGCAGGAUAUGGAUAUGGACAUUGACGACGAAGAGGAAACAGGACGGCCACUCGCGUGCCAAAUCUCACCCACGUCUCCAUCUCCUGCUGUUCAAGCUCCUCUCGUCGAACCACCCAUCCUCCCCACCCCGGUUAAUCGACCCAGCCAAAGUCAAAUACAGCCCCCGCCAGAGUCAUCUCAAAUGGUGGAACAGGCGCUGCCGGGUCUGGGGUUGGGGAUAGUCCCGUAUGCUUCCUCUGCAGCGAGUGCUCAUGGGGAUGAUGAGGAUGAAGGGUCGGACAGCGGGGAACCCCUUGAAGAGCGAGCAGUCGACACACUCACUCAGCUCGCGUCCCCCGCCUUCGGCGAUGAUUCCCCUCAGUCUCCUAUUCAGCCCCCACCCCAACCUCUCCCCGAGCCUGCCCUCUCCCCGGUUCCCUCCCUCGCAGCUCCUCUUUCCGCUCCUCCUGCAGAGCCUCCACGUCUGCCCGAAGAAGGCGUUUGGUUAACGGACGAAGAAGCCGAGGCAGAAAUGCUGGAUAUGGUCGAUUAUGAACCGGCUGGAGAUGUUGAUGUCACGGUGGACGUACGGAAGGAGUUGGUGCGUGAGACAGAGGUGGAGAUACAACCUUCCGUCGAGGAACCUUUGGGUGAAGCUCAGCCUUCUACAACCGACAACGUUCCUAGAGAGACUACCUCUCUACCGGAAGACCAACCUGCAUCUGUCGGGCCGCCAGAAGAAUCUGAAGUCGCUCCCGUCGACCUCGAAGUAUCAACCACACCCGAAGUCAUCCCUAAUGAUGCCGCAUUGUUGGUGUCAGCGGAAGUGGAAGAGUCAGCCAACGAACGGACGGACAUCGAAGCGCCUGCUGAGCCACCUGCCGAUACUGCGCAAGAGGCUGCAUCACCCGAGGUACAACAACCACAACUUGCCCUUUCUGCGCCUCAAGCGCGUCUUUCAAGUUAUCUGUCCCCUCCCGAGUCUAGCGGAAAAAUUGUCUGGUCGGGCGUCUUCCCGCCACAAUCAGCCGAGCCCGAGGCGGCUGUCGAAGCAUCCAAGAGGCGAGAGUCCACGGAAGGAACACCAGAUGUUGAGCCCUCUGUGACUAAAGCGCAUACUGGACCAACGUCGACUGCCGAGAAAGUCACUUCUGAGGUAACAACCGUCAAAGAGACUGUUGUUGAGACCAUUGUCCACCGAGAAGUCGUCGAAAAACCUCGGCGUAUAGAGGCAGCUUCAGAAGCUUCUUUACUUCCCCAACGACAGCAGACUCCCGAAGGUGACCCUGUUCUGGCUUCCCAGGCUAUCCCGACGAUCCCUGCUUCCUCUCAAGUAUAUGCCUCCCCUGUGCGUGGUGAAGGUCAGAUUCCUGCUCCUUCUCCUCCCAAGGAAGCCACAGAUGAAGAAGCGUCUGCUGGAGAAGAUGCGGGUGAUGAUAUCGACGUCGGACAGCAGUCUCAGCUGCCUGCGGACGUCGAGUCUCAAGAGCAGCCGUCCAUCGAGAUACAAGUCGGCCAUCCAGGUCUCGAGGCGUCAAGUGCAGCUGCUGCCCUUCAACCCGAUAACGACACUGUGAGAACCGAGGAAGACAUCACAAAUGGCAUCACGAAGGGAUCUACGGCGUUGCCUGAAAGUGAUCACGGUGUUGCUCUAGAAGCUGCCACUGAAGCUAUUGAAGGUCCGGCUCGGGAUAACGGCAGUCGCGCCGAUGGAGCCGAACUUGGUCAGAGCGCCCAAGCUUCAGAAACAGACUUGGCGGGCGAGCCCUCUCAACCUACAGCAUCGGCUUCGCAAAGCACUGUCCGCGGCGAGGCCAGCAAUCCCAUCACAUCCCCGUCCGCUCCUCGCAGGAGAAGCCGCAAAUCCGACAAUAUCCCCCCUUUCCUUCUCACCCGAUGUGCUCAAGCAACUACGGAUGAAGAAGAACAUGUCAUGAACGAUGUACCCUUGGAUGGGGAGAGUGCGCUGAAAGAAGCUGAGAGAGAUGUAAGAGGAGACUUGGACGAAGAGGAGAUGGAAGGAGCGCCGGAGAGACCGCGCGAGACAUCACAAAAUGACUCGGAUGUGUUGGCCCAGGAGAGUGGCUUACCUGCAGCUUCUAUUGUAUCUUCAACUGCCACUCGGCAGUCAUCUACCGCCUCGUCCGCGCCUCCAACGCCUUCCCCCAAGCAAAAAGAUCCGCCACCCAGACAUCUCGAUGCCCAAGUUGCUGCACCCUUAACUCCAACACCCCAGGCUUCACGCUCCGCCUCUCCAAACAACCUAUCGUCUCCUCCACUGCAGAGAAAAUCCUUGGUAGUCAACACCUACAAGACCUUUGGGAAGAGAAAGUCCAGCGAUUCGUUGUUAGGCAUGAAGGAUGGCAAGAGUGCCACUGCAGGAGCUUCCAGGCUCCAGUCCAAGCCGAACGCGAAGCCUCCAAUUGCAAAGAAAUCAGUGGAGAAGGAAAAAGAGGAAGCCCCGGCGGAGCCAGUGGUGAAGCGGAAAAGAGGACGACCAUCGACGGCCAAGUCAGCUCAAAGUAGGAGCGCUGUACCAACCGAAGAAACGUCUGCAGCGCUCUCCACGAGACCAGUCAAAAAGGCUCGGGGAUCGUCUUCGAAAGCCGUUCCAAGAAGACAAUUCAAGAAAUUUGAAAUUGUAGUUCCCAGUUUUUGCCGUGGCUCGGCCAAGAGAAGAAAAGAUGGGGAACAUGUAUCUCCACCACAUGAUGGGGCAGCCCCAGAGGUAGGCUCUAGUUUGGCUGGUUCUUCGCAUCUCGAGCAGGUCUCGCAGCCCGAGUCUCGGUCCCCACAGAGCGAUUCAAGACUCGCCCAACCUUCCUCCUCGCACCAGCCGUCACCUACUACCGCGGCACAAGCUCCCCGGCCUCAGAAGAAACGACCAAGGGUGUCUCGGGGUGAUGUCGUCGUAGAUAUCCCAACUGUCAAGCGGGCGAGAAGGAGUCUGAAGGGCAAGGAGCGAGCUGCGCCAGAGGUCGAAGAUUCAAGAGCAGAUCUAGUCGAUGACCCAACAACGCCGACUCGAAAACACCCUGCGCUUCAAGCUGCCCAACUUUCAGCCUCGAAGAGAUCAUUCUCUGUCAUUGAAGAGGCUAUGGAAAGGCUCAAUAACCCUUUGCGUGACCUAGAGUCUGUCUCGCUUCAGAAUGGUCAUUUCUCGCCCGUACCUGCGCGUGCGGCUGGAGGUUCCAAGCAAGGUGAACCUGUAUCAACUGAGCAUGGCCGGGACAAGGAGACUGUCGACUUUCCUGAUACCUUGUGGUCGGAAAAUGGUAGCACCGAUGGACACGAGAACAUUGCUCUCGCGAGCCCUCAAGAGCAGCCUCCACUUCCCUCAUCACCCAUACUCGCCAGCCAGUCAUCUAUUCCUGUUCCCGCACCGGUGCCGGCUCGUAAAGAGCUUAUUUCUGCACCGUUCAGAUCUAGAGCCAAUCCGGUUUCUAGACCCAGGCCGAGGCAGCAGAACCCACUUCAACCUUCAGCCUCGGCUUCACAUGCACCCGCGCCGGUCCCAGGGCCAGUACUAGUACCGGUGCCAGUGGUAGUACCGGUGCCCGAGCUCGUGGCCCUGCCCUCGCAGCCUAUACGAACCACCUCCGCAUCAACGCAGUCUGCACCUCGUGGUGGCCCUGAUUUGCGGGCGCCUGACGUCGACGUCAAAUCGGGAGAUGUGGAGGAUGGUUCAGCCGGACCAGCGGCAGAUACUGGAACUGUUACUAGCACAAAUCAAGCAGGAAAGAUCCCGAGGAGGAAGGGAGUUGUGUUUGAGGGUGUUGUUUUGCCUAUGCGGUCGCGCACGAGAAAGUCUCUCAAUAAAAAGAGAGGAGAGUCGUCGUUGAGGGUGGAAAAAGGAGCCGGGAGCAAGAAAGUGCCACGGAAGUCUGUUUGA